UACCACACUGCAGCACAAUGGGCAAGAAGGGCUCAGGCGACCCCAUGCAGGCCUUCCGCAAGGCGGAGAAAGCGAAGCAGCUGAAGAAAAACAAGGCGCAGCGGAAGGAGACGCGCGAGAAACAAGCCGUGUGGCGGGACACGCGCGACCUCGAGACGGACAUUGCGCACUUGAAGGCCCGCACGCUCGACGACGAAGGCAAGGCGCGCCUCGCAACGCUCGAGAGCGAGCUGGCCUACGUCAUGAAGCUCAAGGAGAAGUACGUCGCCGAACACCCCGAGUCCAAGGACAAGGUGUACCACACGCGCGAACAGCGCGAGCAGCGCGAGCGCCCGCGCGCGGCCCGGCCCGACCCCACCGCCCACCUCUACAAUCCGGACGGGACGCUGCGCGAUCCCAAGCGCAGCAUAUACUACGACGCGACGUACAACCCCUUCGGCGUGCCGCCGCCGGGCAUGCCAUAUGCUGAGCGGCCGCCGUCCGACGACUCGGACUCUGACGACUCUGACUCGGACAGCGACAUCGUCAUGCCCGACGGCCCGCGGCCGGACGAGAGCGACGCCGACAGCGAUAGCGACGACAGCGACGACAGCGACGACAUCCCCCUCCCCGCCGGCCCGCCGCCGCGCCCCGUCCGCCCACCCUUCCGCCCGCCCCCCCGACCCCCACGUACGGGCUGGGGCCACCUGAUGCCCGGCGCCGCGCAGCCCGGCGCACCUGGCGCGCCCGCGCGGCCCGUCCGACCACCCCCUCCAUCCUUCCCCGUCCGCCCGUCCUCCCUUCCCCCCCGCCCGCCCUCUCUCCCCGCCAAGCCCGGCACCGUCUCCGGCCCGAGGCCCGCCGCACCAGCAGCCGCGCCCGCAGCAGCAACGAUCAGCGCGGCGCCGCAGCUGCGCGACUUGCGCAAAGAGGUGACAGUGUUUGUGCCGCGCGCGGCGCGGAAGCGGGCCCCGGGCGGCGUGACGGUCAAUGCGACGCCGGGGGCGGGCGUCGUAGAUGCCGACGGGGACAGUGUGCGCGUGCGCGCGGCACGGCCGGGGCUUAUGGACAAAUUGGGGCGCGUACUUGGUGACGAGGAGAAGAAGGACCAGACGGAGGAAGAGUAUGAGCGCUUCCUUGCCGGGUUGUAG